GUUGGAACAUUUUGCAACCUUGUGCAUAUCAGUUAAACCAUUUUUGUGUCAUACGGUGCGGAUUCAUUCAGUCAGUUUUCAGAGUUUUUCGGAAUUGUUUAUGCAUUCACAUUUACACAUGGAUUUACAAAUGGUUGUGCUUUUCAUUUUUGUUACAAUAAAUUUGUGUCACAUUACACUGGCUGACUAUGUUUUGGACGCACAUGAUUCAUCGUCACCAUGUCCUAUUUAUUUGACUGUUUCGCCGAUCAGUCAUAAUGUGGAAAAUUCGCAUUUGGAAGUGAACUGGGGUCCAAAAUGCGCAAAUCCAGCCGAAUGGAUUGCGCUUUAUUUAGACGAUCCAUCCAUGUCUUAUGCAGCACCAUUGUUCUCAAUCGAUUUAAAUAAUAAAACAACCGGUCAUGUAAAAACCAAUGUGAAAUUAGGUGAUAUUGAAUUGCCAUACGGGUGGAAUAGAUUGGCUGCAGCAAUUUCCAAACCUGAUCAUAUUCCAAAAUCAGCCUGUCUACCAUUUUAUAUUGCAUCGUUCAAUGGUAAAUCAAUGCAAACAUUGGAUUGUCUAAAAAUUCAACCAAAUUGGAUGAAAUCGUUGCCGGAAAUUCAAAAAGUACCACUCAAAAGUCUACUUUUACCGGGCACACAUUGUUCGGGCUGUUAUGAUCGACGAACAAAAGCCAGUCGCAGCAUUCUUUUGAAAAAGUUUGGUUUCGUUCAGAAUUUCGAUAUUUGGACACAGCUCGUUUUUGGCGUUCGAUACUUGGACAUUAGCAUUGGUUACAAAGAUUCAAAAAAUGAAACAAAUCCGAGCGCAAAUCUAUGGAUUGUCAACGAAAACUUGUUUGUUGCACCGUUGAUUCCAUUUUUAGAGGAAAUUCAUUUAUUUGUUACACUAUCGAAAGAAAUCGUUAUUUUGAAUUUUGUUGAUUUUCCAAUAGGUUUUUUCAACUAUCCCGAACGCCAUCUAAUUUUACUUCGAACCUUGGCCGCUGAACUUGGAGAUGUAAUCUAUACACGACCAUGGGAUAAUAGCGCUAAUUCAGGCGACUUGACUAUUGAAAUGAUGGAUCGUACAGGCAAAAGCCUGCUCAUUCUUUACAAUGACAAAAGCGUCGUCGAAGAUUCGCAGCUCAUUUGGCCAUCAUGGAAAAAAUUCUCGACAGUAAAUUUACAGAACAACGAAUUAUCCGAUUACAUUCGUAAGAUAUUCAGUAAAAAGUUUGAAAACAGUACCAAAUACGAGCCAUGGGUUAUUUAUGGUAUUCAAGGUGUCGGCACCUCUUAUUCGCCCGGAAUUCACUUACCGUCUUCAAGAGAACGUGCAAACGCCAUCAACAAGGUAUUCACAGAUUCAAUAAGCAACGCAUGGGCAUCUAAUGCAAAUGCUAUCGCUUUUGAUUUCUUCAUGAGUUGCAACAUAAUCGAUCUAGCAAUUUCAACCAAUAUGCAAAAGCAUAUUAACAACACGAACUACCUCAUUUUGGACAUUGACGAGUGAUGUUGAUUUUGAUUAUCUGCAAUUUGACUAUUUUUUUUAAUGUUGAUUUUACUUAGUCGUUUUGAAUGUCUCAAAACUAUUUCAAGUCAGUUUGUUUUUGUUGCCAAUGAAAAUAAAAUGAUACUUACAUUAUCAAAAUGUA